AUGUUUGAAAUACCCGACGCAAAGCGAGUAAGAAGAGAUGAGCUCUUUGCCUCAAGGGCUUCCGAUCGUGGCUCCAGUCCGGACACGGCAGACGAAGCCGAGGCGGAAGCCAAGGCUCAGCUCCUCAACGCCAAACUUUCCAAUCUGCUUUCAUUGAAGAUUGAGUUCGAUGACGGCACCGCGAAGGAUGAUGACGAGGCCACCGGUACUGCUCAAGAGUCGACAAACGCUGUGUCUGAAGUAACCAAGAAGGAGAAGAUCCAGAAGAAGAAGGAGACGAGCCAAGCAGACGACGACGAGUCAUCGUCCUCAGAUGAUGAUGAUGAUGAUGAUGAGAGUGACUCAGAGGAGGACACACCAAUGCAAGGUCAGCCACCACGAGAACAGGAAGAGGAAGAAGCUGCCGAGUUCGAGUUCCGACUCUUCUCCACCUCAGCCCCCCAAAAGAUCGUCCUGCCUUCCAAAGAAGAAGAGGAAGGCGCAGGCGAGACGGUCAUCGCAGACCGACCUAUAUCCUACUACAUACGCGGCGAGCUCACGCCCGAGCAGCAAGAGCAGUUCCGGGCCGCGGCCGUGACCAGCCAAGAUAUCCUGAACUGGGCCAAGCAGCGGGCGUGGGGGCUUGAGGUGCCUUGGAGGGUGAAGAGAAUUGUCGUUACGGUGAAGGGCAAGAAAGCAGAGGGUGUGGCUGCUGCUACCCAUCAACAUGGCCAAGUUCAGCAACAAGAGGAUGGUGGUGAACAGAAAAAGAAGAAGAAGCGAUUAGGAAAGAAGGGAAGGAUUGCCAUGAGAAUCAAGGAAAGGGCGAGGAAGGAGAAGGAGGAGGCGGAGCAGAAGCAGAAGAUGACCAGGGAGGAACACCUGAAGGAGAAGAAGAAGCGGUUGAAUAGGGAGAAGAAGCUCAAGAGGAGACAGAAGGAGAAGGAGAAGAAGAUGGCGGGCAAGGCGGGAAGUUCGGUGGGCGAUGCCAUGUCUGCGGUUGGGCAGGAUUCGGAUUCGGAGUAG